UACACCUUUUCUGCACUCAAAGGUUCACGUCGAAAUAGUUGUACGUGCAUUAUUUCUUGCAUGCCACCGAUGGCUUUCAACACCCUUUGGUUCUGGGUAUUUUUUCUAGUUGCUGUAGCUAUACCUUCACUUCUGGCAGUUGAACAAGAGGAUGCCGGUUCAGCACAAUCUACUCCACGCAACGCAGUAUGGUCAUGGCCGAUUGUGUUUAUGCACUCCAAGGUAAUCUAUUUGAACUUAUCAACGAUGGAGUAUCCUGGCAUAAAAUGCAUUAAAGAAUAUCGGGAGACAUGGAAUCGUAGCGCUCGACUUCUGACUAAGGUGAUGGUGACAGUGUUCACUUCUGAAGAGUGGACGUCGAAUAAAAUGGUUUACAAUGCAGCAGCAAAACGUCGGCCAGCACAAGCUUUCACGGCUGUUAACGAAAGUGGAUCCACAAGUUAUAGAGUUGCAUUUAAUUAUACGUCAGAGUACUGCGCAAUUAUAAAGAAGCAAAAUGAGACAGGUGGAGAUUACUACGACGCCUGUGAACUAUGGGUGAACGACAAGUACUUGAAAAGUGAACCUCAAGAACAAGAACUCUGCAAAACAAAUUUUGAGACAUAUUGCAACCGUAACAACGCAACAGAAUUCAAUUAUGAGGACUGUCAAGCCAGUGAUGGUAAACUCACUCUUAUUUUGUGAACAGCUUCCAGCGUCGUGAAUUACAAUAACCGCAAUAAGUAAAUAUUUUCAUAAAGAUUAUCACAAUAAACUUAUUGUGCUUCCUGCCUUAUGAA